UUUCGCAUUCUCCUUUCUUCUCCUCAAGCUCCCAUCUUCGAGAGAGAAAGAAAGAGAGAGAGAAGAACCCAAAAAAUAAAAAUAAAAAACCAAACCCAAAAACACCACCACCACCACCACCACCACCACCAUCACCAUUUGAAAUUUCAAUUUUGAUCCAAAACGAGGUCGUUUCGCUGUUAUUUAUACAAAAAGAAGAUACAGAGAGAAGAAGAGGAAGAAGAAGGAGGAGGAAGAGAUGUCAGAUGCGUAUUGCUCAGACUGUAAGCGGCAGACGGAGGUGGUGUUCGACCACUCGGCCGGCGACACCGUGUGUUCGGAGUGCGGGUUGGUGUUGGAGUCGCACUCGAUCGACGAGACCUCCGAGUGGAGGACUUUCGCAAACGAAUCGGGCGAUAACGACCCGGUUCGUGUCGGCGGGCCGACCAACCCGCUUUUGGCCGACGGAGGGCUCUCCACCGUCAUAGCCAAGCCCAACGGCGCCACCGGAGAGUUCCUCUCCUCCUCCCUCGGCCGAUGGCAGAAUCGCGGUUCCAACCCCGAUCGCGGCCUCAUUCUAGCGUUCAAAACGAUUGCCACUAUGUCCGAUAGGUUGGGCCUUGUUGCAACCAUUAAGGACCGGGCUAAUGAGAUAUAUAAGAGGGUGGAAGAUCAAAAGUCUAGUAGAGGAAGAAAUCAGGAUGCUCUAUUGGCUGCUUGUCUGUACAUUGCUUGUCGACAAGAAGACAAACCACGCACUGUAAAGGAAAUAUGCUCUGUCGCUAAUGGAGCCACAAAGAAGGAAAUUGGCCGAGCAAAAGAAUACAUUGUGAAACAACUGGGGUUGGAGAAUGGUCAGUCGGUGGAGAUGGGAACAAUACAUGCUGGGGACUUUAUGAGGCGGUUUUGUUCCAAUCUUGGUAUGAAUAAUCAAGCGGUUAAAGCUGCCCAGGAAGCUGUUACAAAAUCAGAAGAGUUUGAUAUAAGGAGGAGCCCUAUAUCAAUUGCAGCAGCAGUUAUUUAUAUUAUUACUCAGCUUUCGGAUGACAAGAAACCUCUCAAAGAUAUUUCAGUUGCCACUGGAGUUGCAGAAGGGACAAUAAGAAAUUCCUACAAGGAUCUUUAUCCUCAUGUAUCAAAGAUAAUACCAAGCUGGUAUGCUAAGGAGGAGGAUCUGAAGAGCCUUUGCAGCCCUUGAAUGUAGAGCAAACAUUAACGGGAAUAUUUAGUAACUUGAAGUUAAUUUGAGGCGUUUUUAUUUAUAUGUAUUUUAAACUCUUUACAUACAAACAAUGAAAAAGUCGUCUUCUUUCUUCUU